AUGGAAUGCGGAGACUCCCCUGGAUUUACCUUCUGUGAUGAUGACAAUCGGGCAUAUAUUGAGGAGUACUCGGAUCCCGGUCAGUUCUAUGUCGGCGAUCGCGUGUUUCUGGUGAUCAGCCAUCCAGACGGCACAAAAUCGCAUGAAGGGCCCUAUGUGAUAGAAUCUGUGUGUUCGGGAAAGCGAUACACCCUCUGCCACCCAAACGGCCAAUCGGUUAGGGCUGGAACUACGAUAGAAGAAAAGGACCUGGAGCCCGCAAGUUCAUGA